ACGUCACAUGUGCGACAAUUGUUUUUGUUUGCCCAUUCAUUCGGAGGGAAAAUGACUGCGUUUAGGGAAGUACUAAUUGUAACGCUGGUUCAGGCAAUUUUUGCUUGCUUGUUUUUACAAGCACAACUGCUCCAACAGAUGGAAUUACAAAGGAGAAAAAGCGUUUGGCGUUCAGCUCUUUUACAGCAACUAUCCCUACCGAUACGGAGGCACAAUACCGCCAUUCAGCGUCGCCGUCGCCGGUUUUGGAUCAGACCUGGACGCACUGCUGGCUGGUGGGAAAACUUUGAGAAGGAAAUUGUUCUCCCACAGGAAUGGCGUGAGAACUUCAGAAUGUCACGGUCGUCAUUACUGUCGCUCUCGGAGUUACUCCUUCCUUACAUUCAAGGGAAGAGUACUGUAAUGCGAUCUCCAGUCUGUGUGGUCAAAAAAGUUGCAUGCACGCUAUAUUAUUUGGCUGACGAGGGAAGACUGCGUAAAACGGCCAAUGCAUUUGGCUUAUCAAGACAAGUAGUCUCAAACAUAAUUAGAGAGGUGUGUAAGGCUAUAACUGUGUACUUGGGACCAUCUUACAUAAAAAUGCCAACAACAGAGACUGCUGUGCGUGCACUUGUUGAGGGAUUUGAGCAGGCUUAUGGUCUCCCUCAGUGCCUUGGAGCUGUGGAUGGGACUCAUGUGGAGAUAAAGCAGCCAUCAGCUAAUUCUACAGAGUACCUAAAUAGGAAGGGGAGGUUUUCUCUUAACAUACAAGCCACCUGUGAUUACAAGUACAGCUUUAUUGAUGUAGUUGUGAAAUGGCCAGGGAGUGUGCAUGAUGCCAGAGUUUUUGCUAACUCCACAAUAAACACAAAUCUGAAAAACAUGAAGAUUCCCCCCUGUCCAAGACAAAUUGUGGAGAACGAAGACGCUAUACCCAUUUACAUACUGGGUGACCCUGCAUACCCACUUCUACCUUACCUGAUGAAAGAAUAUGCUAACGGAGGAAGCAAUGUUCAGGAGCAGUACUUUGGACUUUCGUUGUGCCGAGCUAGAAUGGUGAUUGAAUGUGCAUUUGGAAGACUAAAAGCCCGAUUUGGAGCCCUGAGGAGAGCCAUGGACAUCAAUAUGAAUGAUCUUCCAUUUGUUAUAUAUGCAUGUUUUGUGUUGCACAAUUUUUGUGAGGCAUCAAAAGACACUGUGGAUGAAAACAGAAUAACUGAAGCUAUUCAACAUGACAGGAACAAUCAACCGGACACACAGCCAGUGGUCAGAGGAGACAGCUUGGCAGCAGAAGGAAAGCGGGUCAGGAGAGUCCUCACUCAGUGUCUGGAUCCAUAAACACAAAAACCUGUGAACUAUUUAGCAGACUGCGUUGUUUUUUCAUAAAAAAACGUUAUAGUUAGCACCAUGUAUGUUAGAGAAUUUUUAAAUUGUUUUGUGCAAUGUUAUUGCAUUUCAUUCUAUUAAUGCAUGAAAAGCUACCACCCAGGAUUUAGAUACAUUAUAUAAUAGUUUGUAGCUCA